CGCGCCUGCGCCCGGCGCUCCGCCCGCGGCGGGGUCUCCCCCGCGAGGCGGCCAAGCGCACCACGCCUGCGCGCUCCGGGGCGGCGGCUUCCUUCUCCGGGCAGCGGGGCAUGCACGGAGGCGCAUGCGCACGGGGCCGGUUGCAGGGCGGGGCCUUCUCCGCGGGCAGCCUGCGCACACUGCGCCUGCGCGGGCGGAGGGCGGUGGCUCGGGCUCUAGGUGGGAGCUGGCCGCCCCUGCGUGCUGGAGGGGCGGGCGUCGGCCUCGUCGGAGACGCGCGGCUGAGAAAUGGAGGGGAAAAUGAAACCUUAAAGCAGCAGUUAUGUGCAGAUCCCAAAGGAACUAUGGCAACACCAGGUGACUGCCCCAGAAGUGAGUUGCAGGAGGGAGAGGACGCCGCCGUGCAGGGUGAGGAGGAGCACCUCCAGGGGGGUGUGCACCCUGAGGAGUUCGUGGCCAUCGCAGACUAUUCUGCCACCGACGAGACGCAGCUCAGCUUUUUGAGAGGAGAAAAAAUUCUCAUCCUGAGACAAACCACUGCUGACUGGUGGUGGGGCGAGCGUGCCGGCUGCUGUGGGUACAUCCCGGCCAACCACCUGGGGAAGCAGCUGGAGGCCUGGGACCCCGAGGACUCGUGGCAGGAUGAGGAGUACUUCGGCAGCUACGGGACCCUGAAACUUCACUUGGAGAUGUUGGCCGACCAGCCACGAACGACUAAAUACCACAGCGUUAUCCUGCAGAAUAAGGAGUCCCUGAAAGACAAAGUGAUUCUGGACGUGGGCUGUGGGACAGGGAUCAUCAGCCUCUUCUGUGCACACUAUGCUCAGCCCAGAGCCGUGUACGCGGUGGAGGCCAGUGAGAUGGCGCAGCACACGGGGCAGCUGGUCCUGCAGAAUGGCUUCGCUGAUGUCAUCACCGUGUUCCAGCAGAAGGUGGAGGACGUGGUGCUGCCGGAGAAGGUGGACGUGCUGGUGUCUGAGUGGAUGGGGACCUGCCUGCUGAAACAUAAAACAAUCACUAAAAAUAUAUCUGAUGUUGGAAUGGGAAGAUCUUUCUAAGAGCAAAGCACAUAGAGAAACUAUAAAAUGUUUGAUUCAUUUUAUGAGACCAGCAUUAUACUAAUGCCAAAACCAAAGUUAGUACAAAAAACGAAAACUACGGACCAAUAGCACUCAUGAACAUGAAUGUAAGGAGCCUCGAACGUCACAGCAGUUUGAAUCGAAGAGGAAUACCACACUGCAACAAAGGAGAGAUUAUCUUCAGAAUUCAAGGCUGGUUCAGUAUAUUAAAAUCAUAUUAAUAAUCUAAAGAAGAGAAAUCACGUGACUGUACCAAUUAAUGCACAAAAAUUUGACAAAAUUCAGAACACUUGAACAAUUUUUGUUAUGAUUUCUUUUUUGACCCAUGUUGUUAUUUAGAAGUGUGUGUAAUCUCCAAGGAGUUUGAAUUUUACAGCUAUCCUUCUGUUACUGAUUUCUAGUUUAAUUCCAUUGUGGUUUGAGAGAAGACACUGUACAAUUUCUAUUCUUUUAAAUUUGUUAAGGUGUGUUCUUAUUCCAGAGUGUGGUGCCUUGAUGAAUGUUCCGUGUGAGCUUGAAAAGAACAUAUGUACCCUGCUGUUGUUGGUUAAAGUAGUGAAUAAAUGUCAGUCAUAUCCUGAUGAUUGACGGUGGUGGUCAGUUCAACUGUGUCCUUACUGGUCCUCUGCCUGCUGGAUCUGACCGCUUCUGGGAAAGGGGUGUCAAAGUCUCCAGCUAUGAGAGUGGAUUCAUCUGUUUCUCCUUGCAGUUCUGUGACAUUUUGCGUGUUUAGUUUGAUGCUCUGUUGUUAGGUGCGUACACACAUCAAAGUUGGUUAAGUCUUCUUGGAGAACUGAUGCUUUAUCUCCAUGUGAUGCCCUCACUAUCCCUGAUGACUUCCCUUGCUGUGACGUCUGCUGUCUGAAAUUAACACAGCUACUCCUGCUUUCUUGUGAUUAAUGUUUACAUGGUACAUCUUUAUCCAUCCAUUUACUUUUUUGUUUCUUUGUUUUUGGCUGCGCUCCAUGGUAUGCGGGUUCUUAGUUCCCUGACCAGGGAUCGAACCUGUGUCCCCUGCAGUGGAAGUGUGGAGUCUUAACCACUGGACCACCAGGGAAGUCCUACAUCCAUUUACUUUUAAUCUAUAUCUACCUUUAUAUUUAAAGUGGGUUUCUUAUAGACUACAUAUAGUUGUUUCUUGUUUUUGAUCCACUGUGAUAAUCUCUGUCUUUUAAUUGGUGUAUUUAGACCAUUGGCGUUCAAAGUGAUUAUUGAUAUAGUUGGAUUAAUAUCUAUGAUAGUGUUACCAUUUUCUCUUUGUUGCCCUUUUUCUUUGUUGUUUUCUUCUGCUCUUUUUCUGCUUUUUUUGUUUCUGUUUGUUUGUGUGUGUGUGUGUGUGUGUGUGUGUGUGUUUUAAGCAGCUAAAGGUAGGGAAUUAAAUCAGCAUGAAUUAAGGGUGAGUUAAUUCAGUGCUCACACAUACGUUGGUUUAGAGCCUGACAUGAACAUGCUUUGAUAAAUGUAAACUUAAGAUACAUGUUUUCACAGGAUAUAUGCCUAGUAGUGGGAUUGCUGGAUCAUGUGGUAGUUCUAUUUCUAGUUUUUUAAGGAACCUCCGUACUGUUCUCCGUAGUAGCUAUAUCAAUUUACAUUCCCACCCACAGUGCAAGAGGGUUUCCUGUUCAUUGCAGCACUAUUUACAGUAGCCAGGACAUGUAAGCAACCUAAGUGUCCAUUGAUAGAUGAAUGGAUAAAGAAAACGUACAUAUACAUACAAUAGAAUAUUACUCAGCCAUGAAAAGAAACGAAAUUGGGUCAUUUGUAGAGAUGUGAAUGGACCUGGAGACUGUCAUACAGACUGAAGUAAGUCAGAAAGAGAAAAAUAUUGUAUAUUAACGCGUAUGUGUGGAAUCUAGAAAAAUGGUACAGAUGAACCUAUUUGCAAAGCAGAAAUAGAGACACAGAUGUAGAGAACAAAAAUAUAGACACCAAGGGGGAAGGGGGGAGGGUGCCGGAUGAAUUGGGAGAUUGGGAUUGACAUAUGUAUACUACUGUGUAUAAAAUAGAUAACUGAUGAGAACCUGCUGUACAGCACAGGGAACUCUGCUUGGUCCUCUGUGGUGACCUAAGUGGGAAGGAAAUCCCCAAAGGAGAGGGUUUGUGUGUACAUAUGGCUGAUUCACUUUGCUGUACAGCAGAAACUAGCACAACAUGGUGAAGCAGCUGUACCCCAAUAAAAAAUACAUGUUUUCAUAAAUCGAUGGGAUACUCACUUUAUAGAGCAUUUCUAAGUUUUAAAAUUUUUCAGUUUUUAAAUUCUCUCUCUUGAAGCUCACUUCUUUUAUCUAUCCAUUUUCACUGUUAUUGAGGUAUAACUGACAAAAUUGUAAAAUAUCUAAGUGUACAAAAUGAUUUGAUGUCUAUAUAGAUUGUCAGUGAAUUGGCCCCAUUGAGUUAAUUAAUACAUCUAUCACAUCACAUAUUUACCUUUUUUUUAAAGUGACAAUACCAUUCUAUUAGUAUUCUAAUACUAUUCUAUUCUCUUAGCAAAUUUCAGCUUCACAACACAGUGUUAUCAGCUGCAGUCACUGUGGUAUCCAGUAGCUCCUCAGACCUUAUUCACCUUGUAACUGAAAGUUUGUAGCCUUUACCAACCUCUCCCUAUUUCUCUCACCACUUCCAGCCCCUGGCAGCCACUUUUCUACUGUUUCUCUGAGUUCAGCAAUUUUUUAGAUUCCACAUGUGAGUGAUACCAUGCAGUGUUUGUCCAGCUUAUUUUGCUUAGCAGAAUACCUUCUGGAUUCAUCCAUGUCAUUGAAAAUGGCAAGAUGUCUUUCUUUUUCGUGGCUGAAUAAUACUCCAUUGUGUUUUUGAAUAUGUGUAGUCCCAUUUUCCUUAUCUAUUCACCUGUCAAUGGAUACGUUCUUUCCAUGUCUUGGUUAUUGUGACAGUGCUGCAGUGAACAUGGGAGUAUAGAUGUCUCUUUGAGAUAAUGGUUUCAUUUCCUUCGGAUAUAAACCUAGAUGUGGAAUUGCUGGAUCAUAUGGUAGUUCCGUUUUUAAUUUUUUGAGGAGCUCCAUAGUGGCUGCACCAGUUUACACUCCCACUGACAGUGUACAAGGGCUCCCUUUUCUGCACAUCCUUGCCAGCUUUCGUGACUGCUCGUCUUUUUGAUAAUAGGUAUCCUAACAGGUGUGAAGUGAUAUCUCAUCGUGGUUUUGAUUUGCAUUUCCCUGAUGAUUAGUGAUAUUGAGCACGUUUUCAUGUACCUGCUGGCCAUUUGCAUACCUUCUUUGGAAAAAUACCAAUUCAGGACCUUUGCCCAGUUUAAAUUGGGUUGUUAUUAUUUUUACUAUUGAGUUGUAUGAGUUCUUUGUAUAUUUUGGAUGUUAACCCUUUAUUAGAUACGUGGUUUACAGAUAUUUUAUCCCAUUCAAUAGUAUAUCUUUUCCCAUUGUUGGUGAUUUCCUUUGCUGUGCAGAAGCUUUUUAAUUUUUAUUUAUUUAUUUAUUUAUUUUUUUAGAAGCUUCUUUAGCUUUACGUAGUCCCUCUUAUUUAUUUUUGCUUUUGUUGCCUUUGCUUUUGGUGUCUAAUCCAUAAAAUUUUUGGCAAGACCAGUGUCUCAAGGAGCUUUCAUUCUUAAGCAAGUGGCUAUUGAGUUUUCCCAGCACCAUUUUGAAGAGAUUAUCCUUUCCCUGCUGUGUAUUCUUGGCUUAUUUGCUGCAAAUUAAUUGACCUCAUAUUCAUGGGUUAAUUUCUGGGCUCUCCGUUCUGUUCCAUUGAUCUGUGUGUCAGUUUUUAUGCCAGUCCCAUACUGUUUUGAUGACUCUAGUUUGAAAUUAGGAAGUGUGACAUCUCUAGCUUUGCUCUUCUUUCUCAAGAUUGCUUUGGUUAUUUGGGUCUUUUGUGGUUCCAUACAAAUUUUAGGAUUUUUUUUUUCUAUUUCUGUGAAAAAUGCCAUUGAAAUUUUGAUAGGGAUUGCAUUGUAUCUGUCGAUCUCUUUGGGUAGUAUGGACCUGUAAACAAUGUUAAUUCUUCCUGUCCAUGAACAUGGGAUAUCUUUCCAUUUGUUUGUGUCUUCUUCACUUUCUUUCAUUAGUGUCUUGUGGUUUUCAAUGUAUAGAAAGUACAAUGUACUUUCACCUCCUUGGUUAUAUUUAUUCCCAGGUUUUAUUUUUUUGAUAUAAAUGGGAUUGUUUUCUUAAUUUCUCUUUCUCAUAGUUCAUUGUUGGCAUAUAGAAAUGCACCUGAUUUUUGUUGAUUUUGUAUCCUGCAACUUUACUGAAUUUGUUUAUUAGUUCUAACAGUUUUUUCGUGGAGUCUUAAGGGUUUUCUGUAUAUAGUAUCAUGUCAUCUUCAAAUGGAGACAGUUUUACUUCUUCCUGUCCAAUUUGGAUGCCUUUUCUUUCUUUUCCUUGCCAAAUAACUGUGCUGGGACUUUUAGGAUUGUGUUAAAUAAAAGCAAUAAGAGGGGGCAUCCUUGUCUUGUUCCUGAUCUUAGAGGGAAUGCUUUCAGCUUUUCACGCUUGAGAUGGAUGUUAGCUGUGGGCUUGUUAUACAUAGCCUUUAUUAUGUUGUGGUAUGUUCCACCUGUACCCAGUUUUUUGAGAGGUUUUAUAAUGGAAGGUAGUUGAAGUUUAUCAAAUGCUUUUUCUACAUAUAUUGUGAUGAUUGUAUGAUUGUUAUCCUUCAUUUUGUUAGUGUGGUGUAUUACUUUUAUGAAUUUGCUACAUUGAACCAUCCUUGCAUCCCAGGAAUAAAUCCCACUUGAUUAUGGUGUUUGAUCCUUUUAAUGUAUUUUUAAAAAAAAUUUUAAUUUUAUAUUAUGGUUGAUUCACAAUGUUGUGUUAGUUUCAGGUGUACAGCAAAGCAAUUCAGUUAGACGUGUUCAUACAUCUGUUCUUUUUCAGAUUCAUUUCCUGAAAAUGUUAUUCAGAAUGUUGAGUAGAGUUCCCUGCACUAUACAGUUGGUCCUUGUUGAUUAACUAUUUUACAUAUAGUUGUGUGCGUAUGCCAAUCCCAGCCUCCCAAUUCAUACCUCCCCCGACCUUUCCACCUUAAUGUAUUGUUGAACUGGUUUGCUAAUUUUGUGUUGAGGAUUUUCCAACUACGUUCAUUAGGGAUAUUGGCCUGAGAUUUUCUUUUCUUGUAGUGUUCUUGUCUGGCUUAGGUACCAGGGUAAUGCUGGCCUUGUGGAAUGAAAAAUGAGUUUGGAGGGCUUCCUAGGUGGCGCAGCAGUUAAGAAUCCUCCUGCCAAUGCAGGGGACAGAGGUUCGAGCCCUGCUCCAGGAAGAUCCCACAUGCCAUGGAGCAAAUAAGCCCAUGUGCCACAACUAUUGAGCCUGUGCUUUAGAGCCCGUGAACCACAACUCCUGAGCCCAUGUGCUGCAACUACUGAAGCCCAUGCACCUAGAGUCCGUGCUCCGCAACAAGAGAAGCCACGGCAAUAAGGAGCCCACGCACCACAAUGAAGAGUAGCCCCCACUCACCGCAACUAAAGAAAGCCCACGCACAGCAAAAAAAGACCCAACACAGCCAAUUAAAUAAAUAAAUAAAUAAAUAAAUAAAUAAAUUUAUUAAAAAAAAACUAAAAAAAAAUGAGUUGGAAGAGCUCCCUCCUCUUCUGUUUUUAGAAGAGUUUGAGAAGUUUUGGUAUUAAUUCUUUAAAUUUUUGAUGGAAUUUGCCAGUGAAGCAUUUUGGUCCUAGACUUUUGUUUGUUGGGAGGUUUUUGAUUAUGGAUUCAAUCUCCUACUAGUAAUUGGUCUGUUCAGAUUUCCUGUAUCUUCUGAUGUAGUCUUGGUAGGUUGUAUGUUUCUAGGGAUUUAUAAGUUUCUUCGUGGUUGUCCCAUUUGUUGGCAUGUAAGUAUUCAUAGUGUCUCUCAUGAUCGUUUGCAUUUGUGUGAUGUCAGUGGUAGUAUCUCUGCUUUCAUUUAAAGUUGUAUAUAUUUCAGUAUUUCUCUUUUUUUCUUGGUAAAUCUAGCUAACGGUUUGUCUAUUUUGUUUAUCUUUUUUAAAAAGGAAACUCAUUGAUCUUUUCUAUUGUCUUGUUAGUCUCUAUCUCAUUUAUUUCCUUUCCUCUACUAACUUUGGGCUAAUUUUUUCUUCUUUUUCUAGUUCCUUGAGGUGCCAAGUUAGAUUGCUUAUUUGAGAUCUUUGUUUUCUCUUAAUUAGGCAUUAUUACUGUAAAGUUCCCUCUUAGAACUGCUUUUGCUGCAUCCCAUAACUUUUGGUGCAUUGUAUCCCCAUUUUUGUGUGUCUCGAGGUAUUUUCUGAUUUCUGUUUUGAAUUCUUCUUUGAUUCAUUGGUUGUUGAGGAGCAUGUUAUUUACUCUCUGCAUAUUUGUGAAUUUUCCAGUUUUCUUCUUGUAAUUGAUUUCUAGUUUCAUACCAUUGCUAUGAGAAAAGAUAUUUGAUAUGAUUUCAGUCUUCUUAAGUUUUUAAGACUUUUUGUGUGGUCUAACCUAUGACCUAUCCUGGAUAAUGUCUCGUGAGUGCUUGAGAAGAUGUGUACUCUGCUGCUGUUGCCUGGAGCGUUGUGUACGUCUGGUCUGAUGUGCAGUCCGCAUCAGGUGUUGCCUUACGAUUUUCUGUCUGGGUGAUUUAUUCACUGUAGUGAAGUCCCCUACAAUCAUUGUACUGCUGUCUGUUUCUCUCUUCGGAUCUCUUAAUAUUUUCCAUGUAUAUUUAGGUGCUCUGCCUUUUGACAUUUUAAUUGAGCAUUUUAUGUGACUCCAUUUUCUCUCCUUUCUUAGCAUAUCAGUUAUACUUGCUCUUUUUUGCUUUUUCAAUUGUUUGCCCUACAGUUUCCCAUAUGUAUUUACAGCUGUUCCGAGUCUGUUUUCAUCUAGCACUCUUACACUUCAUGGGUAGUGUGAGCACUUCAUGGUAACAAAGGAACCCUGUUUUCUCCAUCCUGUCCCUUGUACCCUCAUUUUCAUCCACUUUAUUAUACAUAAGCUUGGAUAUACAUAUAUGCAUACAUAAGCUUACAUUGUCAAAUACUGCAUUGCUAUUAUUUUGGACAAAUUGUUAGAUUGGUUAAGAAUAGGAAAAAUAAAAGUUUUAGUUUUAUCUUCAUCUAUUUC